AUGCUUCGCGGGUGGUCCACCAAGCACGCCCACUACGACGGUCUCGUAUAUGCCGAUGCCACGUACGACGUCGGACCCACCGCGUCGACCGAUACGCAGUCUGCGUGCGACGCUCACUGGCAAGUCUUCAACGACAAGGAGCUCUACUCCCGCAUGAAUGUCAAUGCGCUCGACUACAAGGUCAUCCACCGCGCACACGACGACUUGCUUGUCGCUUGCUCGACGAUCCUCUUUCCCGGGAGUGUGCUCGUCACGCGCUACAUGAUCCUCUACAAGAUGCGAUUCCGCGAUGGCUUCCACUCGUGCUGCUUGAGCUUCGCACCCGACCUGAGCGAGAUUACGACGUGCACCUUGAUGAAGUACGCGAUUGUGCAUGGCGCCGUCGUCGCCCAAGCCCUCUCGCGAAGCAGCGCGCCACGUCACCUCGACGCGACCUCUCUUGUGCUGAGGAUGAUCGAGCAGCUCACCAAGUGGCUCGGCCACAUAUCGCCACGAGUCGACCACAUGACGGAGUAUAUGGUGGCUCUGUGA